AUUGACACUGCGGUCAACAUUAUCUAUACAUUAUUUCGAUAGUUGCCAUAAUAUCCUUCCUGUCAUUAAAUAUAGUUUUGAAAAGCACGCAUGUGGUAAAUACUUGUAUGGGAGCGGCAAACUGGAAGCUAUGAAGAUUCCAGAAAGACUAAAAAGGAGGAGGGUUUGCCGUAAAAUGUCAAGAGGUUGACAGAGUUUUGUGAGAGCGGUGGGCGCUGAUUUGGGAAUCUCUGGAGCUGGAAGCGCCCACUCAACAUGACCGCAUUCAACCAGGAGAAUGUUGAGGAAUACUAUGAAAUCGGAGAGGAGCUUGGAAGCGGUCACUUCGCCGUGGUGAGAAAAUGCAGGGAGAAAAGCACGGGCCAGGAGUACGCGGCCAAGUACAUCAAGAAGCGCCGCGGCCGCUCCGGCCGGCGAGGGGUGACCAGGGAGGACAUCGAGCGAGAGGUCAGCAUCCUGUGGGAGAUCCAGCACCCCAACGUCGUCACGCUGCACGACGUCUUCGAGAGCAAGGCCGAGGUCAUCCUCAUCCUCGAGCUUGUGGCAGGAGGAGAGCUCUUCGACUUCCUGGCGGAGAAGGAGUCCCUCUCCGAGGAGCAGGCCACCAAGUUCCUGAAGCAGAUCCUGGACGGGGUCCUGCACCUGCACUCCAAGCAGAUCGCCCACUUCGACCUGAAGCCUGAAAACAUCAUGCUUCUGAAUAGGACUUCUCCUCACCCACGCAUCAAGCUCAUUGACUUUGGCUUGGCCCACAAGAUUGAUUUUGGCAACGACUUCAAAAGCAUUUUUGGCACUCCAGAGUUUGUGGCUCCAGAAGUGGUCAACUAUGAGCCCCUUGGACUAGCAGCUGACAUGUGGAGCAUUGGCGUGAUCACUUACAUACUUCUCAGCGGCGCUUCCCCGUUCCUUGGUGACAACAAGCAGGAAACCCUGGCCAACGUCUCGGCAGUGAAUUAUGAGUUUGAUGAGGAGUUCUUCAGGAACACCAGCAGCCUGGCCAAAGACUUCAUCACGAGGCUCCUCGUCAAAGACCCAAAAAAAAGAAUGACAAUACAGGAUUGUCUGCAACAUCCAUGGAUCAAGCCAAAGGACACACAGCAGGCCCUCAGCAGGAAGGAGUCUGCAGUCAACAUGGAGAAGUUUAAGCGGUUCACAGUCCGCAGAAAGUGGAAGCAAUCAGUACGUCUGAUAUCAUUAUGCAAUCGCCUGUCAAAGUCCUUUCUGUCGCGGAGCAACAUGAGUAUCUCCCGCAGUGAUGAUAUCUUGGGUGAGGAAGACUCCUUUGUGAUGAAGGCCAUCAUCCAUGCCAUCAACGACGACAACGUGCCGGGACUGCAGCACCUCCUGAGGUCGCUGACGAGCUACGACGUAAACCAGCCGAACAAGCAUGGGACACCCCCUCUCCUCAUCGCCGCGGGCUGUGGGAACGUCCGGAUUAUGCAGGUGCUUGUGGGUAAAGGAGCGGACGUCCAGGCCCACGACAAGUCUGGGGCAAAUGCUGUCUACCAUGCAGCGAGGAACGGCCAUGUGGAAACCUUGAAGUUCCUGCAUGGGAAGGCGUGCCCUCUGGACAACCAAGAUAAGUCUGGAGAGACUGCCCUGCAUGUGGCAGCCAGAUAUGGCAAUGUGGACGUGGUCCAGUACCUCUGCAGUAUUCAUGCCAACCCAAACCUCCUGGACAGGGAGCAGGAGACGCCCCUGCAGUGCGCGGCCUGGCAUGGCUAUGGCGCCGUGGCGCGGGUGCUGUGUGCGGUGGGCUGCGACGUUAACCUGCAGAACCGGGAGGGCGAGAGCCCACUCCUCACUGCCUCGGCCCGGGGGUUCCGGGACAUUGUGGAGUGCCUGCUGGACCACGGGGCUCACCUCCACGCCACGGACAAGGACGGCCAUAUUGCCCUGCACCUGGCGGUACGCAGGUGCCAAAUGGAGGUUGUCAAGUGCCUGCUCAGUCACCAUUGUGACGUGGACCACCAGGAUCACAAUGGCAACACUUCGCUGCACAUCGCCUGCAGGGACGGCAACCUGACCAUCGUGUCACUCCUCUGUAACGCCAAGGCUGAGCUGGACAUCCCCAAUAAAUACGGAAGAACACCUCUCCACCUGGCUGCUAACAGUGGAAGCCUUGAGGUUGUCCGCCACCUCUGUGUUGCUGGUGCUAACACAGACGCCAUUACUAGCGAGGGGAACUCAGCCGAGGACCUGGCCAGGAACGCCCACCACCAACAUAUCGCCGCCCUGCUGGGGAAGCUUAAGAAGGAAGUGCACAAAGCCGGCUUCCUGCAGCAGCUGCGGCCCACACAGACCCAGCAGCCCCGGGCCAAGCUGAAGCUCUUCGGCCACUGCGGCUCGGGGAAAAGCACCCUGCUGGAGUCCCUGAAAUGCGGCCUUCUCAGGGGCCUCUUCAGGAGGAGAAAGUCCCGUCUGUCCUCCAGCAACCCCGCCCGCUUCCCGGCCUCACCCAUGUCCUCCAAACCCAACGUUUCUCUCAGCAUCUCCAACCUGUACCAGGGGUGUGAGAACGUGAAUGUGCGCAGUCGCAGCAUGGUGUUCGAGCCCAGCCUCACCAAGGGUGUCCUGGAGGCCUUCUCCCCCGUCCAUAGUACCCUAUCCGCCCCUGACGACCAGGCCACCAAAGCCAUCGACAUCCAGAACGCCAACAUCAGCGGGGUAGGAGACUUCAGUGUGUGGGAGUUCUCCGGUAACCCUGUCUACUACUGCUCCUACGAUUAUUUUGCGGCCAACGACAGCACUGCAGUGCACCUGGUGCUCUUCAGCCUGGAGGAGCCCUACGAGACGCAGCUCAAUCAGGUCACCUUCUGGCUCAACUCCCUCAAGUCCCUGCUCGUACCUGAGGAGGACAUUGCCUUCGGUGGAAAGGUGAAGAAUCCUCUACGUGUGGUACUGGUGGCCACACACGCGGACAUCAUGAACCUGCCUCGUUCCUUUGGGGGGGAGUUUGCCUACGACAAGGAGAGGUCACUGCUGAAGGAGAUCAAGAGCAGGUUUGGGAAUGACCUUCAAAUCUCAGAAAAAAUCUUUGUGAUGGAUGCUGGGGCUUCAACUUCAAAGGAAAUGAAGCUGCUUAGAAAUCACCUGCUAGAGCUGCGAAACGCCAUUAUAUCUGCUUGCUCUCCCAUGACUCCGCUGUGCGAGAGGGUCGCCUCCGCCUUGCCCUCCUGGAGGAAGCAGGGCGGGGCCAGCCAGCUGGUCUCCUGGCAGCAGUUUGUGCUGGACGUCCAGGAGCAGAUCAACCCCCUGGCCAGCGAGGAUGCCCUGAGGGAGGUGGCCUCGCAGCUGCACAGCAUGGGAGAGAUCAAUAUCAUGCAGAGCGAGACGGUGCAGGACGUGGUGCUGCUGGAUCCGAGCUGGCUUUGCAGCGGGGUGCUGGCCAGGGUUCUCUCCCCCGACAUGCCCAUGGCCAUCCACCACCACAGAGGGCGCUACCACGUGGAUGAGCUGCAGGGCCUGGCGGCGGAGGGCGAUGUGGACGAGCUGCUGCAGGUGCUGGAUGCCAUGGACGUGUGCGCCCGCGACACCAACGACCCCGCCAUGGUGGACAUCCCCGCCCUGGUCCGGACCAGCGGGCCGUCACAGCCCUGGGCGGAGGAAGAGGAGGAGGGGGAGGCACUGGUGUACGGUGGGGUGCGCCUGGUUCCCGCCGAGCACCCGGCCCCCUUUCCCUGCGGCCUCUUUCACAAGCUGCAGGUGAACCUGUGCCGCUGGGGCCGGCAGCACACGCCCCGCGGGGACCCCGCCGUGGAGCUGUGGAGCGGGGGGGCGCGGGUUUGCCGCGGCCGCACCCAGGCCACCGUGCUGCUGGUGGGGCAGGGGCAAGGCAUGGAGGUGCGGGUGCGGGGGCCGGACUCGGACAGGGCGGGCUGCCACGCGCUGCUGGAGCAGGUGUGCGGCGUGGCGGACGGGCUGCUGGCCUGCAGCCUGCCUGGCCUCCUGACCGCGCGGCACUACCUGAGCCCGCAGCAGCUGCGCGACCGGCGCGAACCCGUCAUGGCCUACCAGCCACGGGACUUCCACCGCGCCCAGGCGCAGCGUGAGGCCUCCCUCGCCAACACCAUGGCUGGCUGCAAGGAGAGCUUCAGCGGCGUGCUGAGCUUUGGCUGUGCCGAGGUGUACCAGCGUGCCAGUGUGGGCGCCGAUGUGCCCGCCGCCGACCUCGGCCCGCUGACCCGCAGGAAGCUGUGCCGACUGCUGGACCCGCCUGACGCAAUGGGGAAGGACUGGUGCCUGCUGGCCAUGAACCUGGGCCUGGCGGAGCUGGUGGCUGUGUACGGGGACGGGCCGCCCGCGGAUGGGGCGCCCCAGCCCAGCCCCACGGCCGCACUGCUGCUGGAGUGGAGCGCCCGUCCCGACAGCACGGUGGCCAUCCUCGUGGCCAAGCUGAGGGAGCUGGGCCGCAGGGACGCCGCUGACUUCCUGCUGAGGGCAGCGCCCGUCUUCCGGGUUACCCUGGAGGGGACGGCGCAGGACAGCUACGGCCCCGCCUGCAACGGGGGCACCUCCCACAACUCCAUCAGCUCCGUCAUAUCCCGGUGAGAGGCUGGGCUUUGGAGCAGGGACGUCCCAUCCAGCUGAAGCUACCCCUGUGUCUCCUGUGGAAACCUAUUCCCUGUCACAGCCAGGCUGAAGUAAUUCUGCCUCUGCAUGCCCACACUGUUAGCCCUCCCUGAUUUCUAUCUCCUGCCGCACCUUCCAUUUGGUACUACCACUGCUAUAAACAAUAAAACAAUUCUUAAAACUUAAAACAUUCAGCAAAAUAUCAUUCACCAGUUGGACUUGUUUAUUUAUUUAUAGCAGAUAUUCAAGUGCUUACAUAAAGCUGCAUACGUAAAAAUGUGUGACAGCUAAGUUACAUACACAGGAAACGCAGAUCACACAGCCUCUUCUAGGGAUAACUCUACAUACAGCAGUGUAACACAUAGCUCCCUCUGGAUCCUGAGUCAAAGAUAAGCUCUGCCUGCCCCACUAAUGCAGUGAUGUGGACAGUGAGGAGGCCUGAGAUAAGCAUGUAAACCGAGUAUUAGACCCUUACAGUAGGGAUUCAGGUCAGAGAGCUGCUAAGGGAAUGCUAAGGCAGGUGAACAGCAGAGUUUAAAAAGCUUGGUAAUUUAACACUGCCUCUUUGGCUGGAAGAGACCACACAUGUGUGGUGUGAGAAGCCUUUACUGUUUCCUGUUUUGAGAAUGAACACAAAAAGCACAGAUACAGCUCCAACUUGGCCAACCAUUUGCAGUGACAUAGCUAUUCAAUAUCCACUGUCAAUACUGCAGGCUGGCAGUAUGCAUACACCUCAGUACAAAUAUUUUCUGCCUUUACAUGGUCCAGAAAUAAGAAAAGAAAAACUUUAAUGACCAAAUAUCUUUUUAAGAUUUUUUUCUUUUAAAUAGUGGUUGAGGCUGAGCUAUAGUGCCAGAUGGACUGGUAAUCAUCCGAAGUGGUUUGCUAUUUACAUGAAGGGCAGGAUCCAUUCUACACACUGAACCAUGAAUCAGUGAUCAAGCCAGUGUUAGUAGCAUUUGCAUUUUGAAGGACAGAAGUAUAAACGCAAAGUAUACCCUGCUUAAUGUGUUACUGUAGCUGUAUAGUAACAAUGGGUGGUUAAAGUUUUGGAUGUGAUC